AUGUUUCAUCCACCGGAAAAACCUCUGGGUCCGCGGGUUCCUGUCAAGGCCGAUCGAUUCACACCGAGUCCACCGAAACCAAAGGGCGGUUUGCAACGUCAGAAAGGAUCGAGUCAGCUGGAAAUGGCAGUGAAACCUCCUCAAGAAACUCAAAAACUAAAACCAUCGAAUUCCUCCACCAAACUGAUUCAUUCCGCUUCAAUGGUCAAUCUGACAACAACAACGACUCGAGCACCAUCCGCUGCUCCAUUAAGCUCCGCCCCCUCAACAACAACAAAUAUCUACGCGAAACAAUACAUUCCAAGAAGUGGGCGGAGCGUCUCGACGCUUCGCCACGCCUCCGCGGAGCCCCGACGAGCAGGAGGAGGCCCCGCCCCUUUUAGAAUAGAGCCAAGUGAUCAAAUGCAACUAGUCGAAGGAUUUCCGACGAGUUUUUCGACGAAAAAAGUGGAAAAAAUGGAGAAUUCUGGAAAUACGACACCGCCGCCGUCACUGACGUCUUCUGAAUCGGAUUCUGGAGCAUCUGGAGCUCCAGGACUCAUCAGAAGUGCCAGUGGAUCUAUGUUGCUCCGUCGGACCGCCGAACGGACACGCAGACAAUCGGAAUCACCCAAAAAAACGACGAUGAGACGGUCUGGGUCGGUGGGCGGAGCUUUGAGUGAAGUGGGCGGAGCUUGUGGAGUGGGCGGAGUCUUCCCGAAAGAAUCAGAAGAUGUCGAGAUGAAGGAGACGCCCGUGUUGAAGAGAAAGCGGACGACGUCGAUGACGUCUCUCCUCCAAUCGAUAUCCACCAACGACGACGCCCCGCCCAUUCUCACUCCUCAACGGACACGCCCACUUCGCGGAGCAUCGGUAGGGGGCGGAGCCUCCUCUCCACAGAAGAGUCCAAUGAAGAAGAUGACGUCAUCGUCAUCACCGAUGAAAAAACGCGGACGUCCAGAAGAAGGGGGCGGAGCCUCCGUGGCUCCGCCCAGUCCACGGAAAAGAAUUCAUUUCGCAUCGAUGGCGAUGGGAAUGGACAGAGUUAAUGAUGGUCCACCAAUAGCCAUAAUUCUGCCAUCACAACCACUCGCCUCCACACCAAUUCGUAAUUUGAGACAAUCAGUAUUCAAACCGAAAUACUUCAAGCCUAAGGGGGCGGAGCUUCGGAAAUACUAUAAGCCUAAAUGGGCGGAGCUUCAGAAAUACUAUAAGCCUAAGUGGGCGGAGCUUCUCAAGCCGAAGUGGGCGGAGCUUCAGAAACACGCUUACCCUAAGUGGGUGGAGCCUCUGGAAUACUCAAAGCCAAAGUGGGCGGAGCUUCAGAAAUACUAUAAGCCUAAGUGGGCGGAGCUUCUCAAGCCGAAGUGGGCGGAGCUUCAGAAACACGCUUACCCUAAGUGGGUGGAGCCUCUGGAAUACUCAAAGCCAAAGUGGGCGGAGCUUCAGAAAUACUUCAAGCCUAAGUGGGCGGAGCUUCAGAAAUACUAUAAGCCUAAGUGGGCGGAGCUUCUUAAGCCAAAGUGGGCGGAGCUUCAUCAAAACUUUUACCCAAAGUGGGCGGAGCUUCAGAAAUACUUCAAGCCUAAGUGGGCGGAGCUUCAGAAAUACUAUAAGCCUGAGUGGGCGGGUCUUCAAAGACACUUUUACCCUAAGUGGGCGGAGCUUCAGAAGUACUUCAAGCCUAAGUGGGCGGAGCUUCAUCAAAACUUUUACCCGAAGUGGGCGGAGCUUCAGAAAUACUUCAAGCCUAAGGAGGCGGAGCUUCGGAAAUACUAUGUGGCAACACCGAAACGAAAGGCAUCCAGAGAGGAAGUUUACUCGACACCGCUGGAAUUCGGAAAAGGGGGUGAGAAUUUGGCUGAAAAUCUAUAA